GAUGACAUGCGACCGAGGGCAGGCUAAUAACACGGAAGUACAUGAAGACAAAACAGGUGUACUGAGCUAUCAAUGUGCGAAAUAUGAGAAACUAUUCGACCGACAGCCGACGUAUAUCACCUGCUCGUUUGACUGUUGUGGUAUCAGUAGCAACAGGCAUUGCUGUACUCCAGUAUGGAUUGUGUUACUGUUUGUAGUAUUAGGGAUAGCAGUUGUAGGUAUAACAGCUCUGACCGUGUAUUGUUUAUUGAAACGAUCCAAAAAACAAUACGCCAAAAAACACGCUACUGGUUUUGGUAAAUAUCCCGAAAUCAGGAGACAGCAUCAAAAACACCAUCGUAACGGUAGUCAUGGCGGGAAUAAGCCGUCUGGUGGAAAUGGCGGGAGAAACGCCAGACGUGAUAAAGAAUAUGAGGCCAGGGAACAGAGGGAAUAUGAACAGAGAGAAAUGAGUACCUUCAAUAGUUAACUCACGCCCUCCAACUCCAGCCUGUAAAUACUUUUCAUUCAUUUUUCAUUCCAUGGGCGUAUCGUAAAGGUCGUAGAUCAACGUCAUCACCUGAGCAACACAAAAAUGAAAAAAUGCCCUCACAUCAAAGCGAUCACCAGUUUCGAAUAAUGGUUAAGCUGAUUUAAAUCAAAGUUAUUAAAUGAAUUAAUCGUUUUUUAUUUGUAUGACUUUCAUUCAUAUGUACUUGUAUAUUAUAUUUGAAUACUUGUCCCACUUUAAUAGAAACGCAGACUGAAAUAGUUUAGUUGAUUGAAGAUAAUACAGCGUGAAACUCUAAGUAAGAACAUGUUUCAGGUUCUGUUUUAAUAUUUCUAGCUUCCCUGUGUGAUAUAUAUGUAAUAUAUAGUUCUAUAAUCAAAAUCUCGAAGCAAAUCCGAUUGUUUGACGUGUUUUAUUACAAAGAAAAGCCUCUGAUACUCGGUUUGGUGCAAAAUUGUAGAACACUUCUACAGAAACUACCCAAUGCUCUUUUUCCUUUAUAUCUCUUAUUUUAUAGUCGAGCAGCCAAGUGAUAAAUUGGUACAUUUAAGGAUACUAGUAUUCUAUUCUCUUUAUAUAACAUUUUAGUAAAACAUGCAAAAGCUCAAUAUGGCUGCCAAUUUUAAUUCCAAUAUGGCUUCCAUUUUUAAUUCCAAUAUGGCUACCAUUUUUAAUUCCAAUAUGGCUACCAUUUUUACCAUAGCUGCCGUAUUUUAAUUUAAAUAUGGCUGCUAUUUUAGAAUUUCAAAUUAGCCACCCAAGGCGGCCAUUUUUUUUUCAAGAUGGUUGUCAUAUUUGAAUUUCAAUGCAAAAAUGCUUCUGGUUUGCUCAAUGUUUUACCACGGUACAGUGGUGGAGCCAGGUUUACAUCCGAGAGGAUGCGAAAUAUCUGAGAUUGCCCGGAUUUCUAAUUUAGUUAUGCCCCUUUGGCUCCGCCACUGCCACGGUCAUGUUGUUUUUAAAAUGUUUUGAAUCUUGAGUGGUCCUUCGCUCGACUUGACCAUACAUCAAACUGUAAAUAGAAAUCUUGAGUUUUUAUAUUAUCUAUAUUAUCGUAUACAGAAUCUCUGUUCAUAGUUUUAUAUAUAAAUCAUUUUCUAAUAAAAUAUUUCACUGUAAA